AUGCCGCCGAGACUCAUCUUGAAUGCCCGGGGCGCGCGUGGGCGUGGGCGUGGGCGUGGGCGCGGGCAACGUGGGGCUGCGACAACAGCAGGCGGCUCUGCAAUUGCCAACCACAAUACGGGCUCUGUGCCACCAAACGACCAGGAUCAGGGCCAAUCAAGCCCAAGCACAGGUCGGGAAGAAAGACCACCAGGCUCGAGGAGUCAAAAUGUCGCCCAACGACAACAUUCCAACCUCAACCUAGACAGAACAACCUCCACGAGCCUUCGACUUGCUCCGGAUCGAUUGAGACAGUUCCCCCCUGGUUCCAGCAGUCUCCACAUCACUCUCAGAAUUCGCACAAGAAGUUCUGAAGCGACUGGAACAAAUUCUGACGCUCCCUCGGCGGCAUCACGACCCUCGUUGGUUCCUGAUGCAUCCUUGUCACCUGAGUUAGAGGGCGAAUCGUCUGAACUUACUCCUGCAGCAGAUGGGCCAUCUCCCGAAGUAUAUCAUCCAGCGGAUCAUUCGGGCCGGAAUCCAGCAGACCCUGGAAGAUAUCUAGCUGCUGGUAUAGUCCCUGACAACUACGAAGCACUUCUUCCAAUUCCUCGCCAUCAUCAAGAGCUUCCGAGUGUUCCAGACGCCUCCUCUUCUAGAGCUACCAGUUUUCCUGCCAAUCUUCCAGGUCCCCAAGAAAGCUCUACCCACGACGACAUGGCGCCCGUCAAAGAUACCUCGAGCGUCCAUGUAACGCUCAAGGACAUUAUUCAGUACUUGUCCGAGAUACAAAUGCAGACUCAUGGCUAUGUACCAGAGACGCAGAACCUCAUGGUCGACAAGAUGACUGAUCUUGCCGAGUCCUUGUCUCGUCUGCAAACGCUCACAUCACCGCGAGAGUCGCCCAACAAUCCUAUCCACAAUGUUCAAGUAGCUCCGGAGAUUAUCGAUUAUGUGGAUGAUGGACGAAACCCGGAUAUCUUCACCCGCGACUUUGUCGAGAAUGUCCAGCGAGGCAAUGCUGUCAUCAACGGGAAGCAGCAGGCUUUCAGGGACUUUACCGAGAUCUAUGCUCAAGCGCUGAAGGAGGGAAUCCCCGGCACAAGUCGACAGGUUGAUAAAGUCAUGGAGAAUCUCGGAUUCGGGAAGGCUACUGGCGAGUCUGCGAACGGGUCACAGCCGGCUGAUGCGAGUGUGUCGUCGGCGUAGGGGGACGGCCGGCUUUCAGGCGUUGAUGCUAUUAUGGAAGGAUUGUUACUGCCAAAGAGGUUUGAUUUGACUAUGUCCCUGUCAAGACCGCAGCAAGUGUGAGGGUCUUUAGGCCGUGGCCGGCAAUGUGUCUGUAGCCAUAUACUCUCUCGAAAUGAGCUGCGAGGUAUUAUCACUGGCUGGCUGAAGAAGUUGGCAGUCCGCAGUGUACUGUCCUAGGUUCACCGGGUACAGUACACUGCAAAGAUGCCCUCGCACGGGGUGGACCAACGGAUCCCUCUACUGCUUCCUGUGGUGGGUGUAUGGGUCGGAAUCUACUAAAGCGGCCUCAGCCUCCGCCCAAAGCAGGAUGAUCUCGGGCAGAUUCACUCACCUUGGCGGCAUCAUCGAGCUUCAC